UGACCUCCCGGUGACCGCUUCAACUUUCAACUCUGGAUGCCUCCGGUUAUCAUGAUCUGCAGUAAUCCAGUCAAAAGGGAUGCGCGCUCCCGUCUGUGCUGCUGCUAAUUUCCAACUUCUCCUUUGAUUGGGUGUUAUCCUGUCCUUGAUUUAAACAGUGUGGGUUAUUCUGGAACUGAUAAAACAUUUUCUUCCUUUGGUCUCGAGUUUCUGAUAAGACUCGUGUUGGAGAGGUUCGAUUUUCUCCAAAUUGACAUAAGGCGCAACUAUUUUAUGUACUUGGAAGAAUUCGUCCUCCCUACAGAAAUUUUCCGCAAAUGGGAAUAUUUGAAUAGGUUUUUUCCAGAUGAAAAACCAUUUAGAAGUAUUUGCCUCAUGAAGGGUGCAUACACAAACAGAGCGCGCACCAUGUUUUUAGGAAACAUACAAUGAGUGUAGGAUGUGUGCGCUGUGCGUCAUUGGCCAGUGUCACGGCCAUCACUUGGACCGUGGAUAACGAUUCAUCGUGCAGACCUAUGGCAGAGCAGGGAAGACAGAAGGGGGAGGGCAGAAUAUAUGAGGCGGACUUGACUCCAUUUGUAUUAAACGGUCGGAGAGAAACGGCUUGGAUAAGAGCUUCAGAGAUAGGGUUCACCAUGAGGAAUCAAAGGGGGAAGAACAAGAAGCAGCAUCCGGUCUAACAGAACCGCGUGGAGCGCAAGCCGCGCUCUUCCGCGCAAAGGAGACGGAUGCAGAGAAGCAGUUGAGGGAUUUAUCCAAACUCUGGAGACAUUGUGGAUUAUUGCAUCCAACGGUGGAAAAAUUAAACAACCCGCGUAUCCAAUAGCGGCCAUCCCCCACACACCACUAACACCCCGACGCAAAUAUAGGUGAGCAGAGGGAGCAGAGCCAGGAUGAGCGUGUUUUCUGCAGGGAGCGCGGAGCUGUGAGUAGGACAUGGCAAACGGAGGGGAGCAGUUCGGCCUUGCAGAGCACCCGGACCCGGGCUGCGUGGAUUCUCCAGAAGAACCCAAACUUGAAAACCCUAGGCUCAAUUUAAGCUCUGCUAACUCACCACAGACGGCCUCCAGCCAACAGGGAAUGGGAUCAAUCAAAGUUGUCCUUCAUGACAGGGAACUCUGGACCAAGUUUGAUGAAGUCGGGACUGAGAUGAUCAUCACCAAGGCUGGAAGGAGGAUGUUCCCCAGUUACAAAGUCAAAGUCAUUGGGCUCAAUCCAAAAACCAAGUAUAUCCUUCUGAUGGACAUCGUGCCCGGGGACGACCAUCGCUACAAAUUUGCAGACAACAAAUGGUCCGUCACGGGAAAGGCAGAGCCCGCCAUGCCCGGCAGGCUGUACGUCCAUCCGGACUCCCCGGCCACUGGAGCGCACUGGAGCCGUCAGCUCGUUUCUUUUCAGAAGCUCAAACUCACCAACAAUCACCUGGACCCCUUUGGACACAUAAUUCUAAACUCCAUGCACAAAUACCAGCCUCGUCUCCACAUCGUCAAGGCGGAUGAAAACAAUGGCUUUGGUUCAAAAAACACAGCCUUCUGCACCCACGUCUUCCCUGAAACUGCCUUCAUAGCUGUGACUUCCUAUCAGAACCACAAGAUCACACAGCUGAAGAUAGAGAAUAAUCCUUUUGCUAAAGGCUUCAGAGGCAGUGAUGACAAUGAGCUGCACCGCAUGGCCAAGCUUCAAGGAAAGGAUUACCCUGUGGUUCCUCGCAGCACUGUCCGCCAGAGAUCCUGCUCCACAGGGAUUCUCUCAAGUGGGGAGAGUCAGGCUCUGCGGGGUUCCCCGGAGACUGCUGGGUCCCCCUACAGCUGUGAGAACAGCUUGAACAGUACCAGUCCUCAGGAGCUGCUGAGCGCUCCACCCGCACACUACACCCUGCCUCAUCCCCACCUGCAGCCUAGCCAGCAGCCACAAGCCUACAACUGCAGCAAGAGGAAAGGAGAAGAAAACUGCUCAUCAAGAAACUUACAACACGCGUACAAGAAAACCUUCAAUUCUGGCUCACCAAGUGGGACUGAAUCUUACUGUCACCCUUCCUCCUAUCCUCCUCCACCUGGCAUAUCCAGCAGCCCUGCUCUGUGCCUCACAGACUCUCCGUACAGCUCAGAUAUGGGACAGCGCCAGGCAUGCAUGUUUGCAAGCCCACAGCCCAGAAUAGAUGAACUUAACUGUACGUCCUGGUCCUACUCCUGCCCACUCUCCACUGCCAUGACCCCCAUGGAGCCCUACCCACCUUACACCCCUCAACCUUGUUACAGCUCCAGCCCGCAGGGUUCUCGACUCAGCGCUACAAACCAUCAAAGCUCUCCACCACUGGGAGAACAUAUGGGCCAUGACCUUUACCAGAGCUCUGGAUCUUCACCUCAGAACAUUUACAACAGGCAGCUUAGCACUUCUCUUAGAGAAUAUCCUCGCUACACACCCAACCUCUCCCCACCUCUGUAUCACACCCUGGAGACUCACACACACAUCAGGUGUGGAGUCCCAGAAUGGAGUGCAGCCUCCUAACCCAAUCCCAGGAAAAAACUUUACCUCAACAGAAUCCUGUUUCCUCUUUUCAUGGUCUUCUGGCUGAUGCUGCACUCUGGAUGGAGGAAGAACUGUAAAACUUUUGUAAAGUUGUUGUGAAAAGUGUGACCCUGUGACGUGCAAAGAGAUUUCACCUGUUUGUAAUGUUUCUCUCCGCUCCUGCAAGAGAACUGGAUGAUUAAAAACUGGACUCAGA